GCAAAUUAUCUGGGACUGGUGGACUGCAGGCAGUCUGUGUUGUUGACUGGAAGUAGAUUUCCAUCUUUCAAACACUAUUUAGAAUGGGCCGUGUGUUCUGGAAGGGGGUGGAAGUAGGGAGGAGGAGAUGCUAUGAGCAGAGUUCUUGAAGCUCUCCACUCCUCUGGGGAAGCCGAGCUGUGAGCCAGCCUUACUGAGCGGCGAGCGUGUGAAUUGGAAGGGAUCCUGAGCUGACUGGUCCCAGUUCCUCUCCGGAAAAGCAGUUGCUCUCGGUUCAGAGAUGCACCCAGCCUUCGCCUGCAUCACACUGCAUGCUUUAAUACCUUAUUGAAACUACAAACUCACAUCCACAGUGGUUUCAUGUUGACAGAUUGCAUAUUUUGAAAGCUUGAGGUAUUUUAUCAUGAAACAUGCCAUGUGGAAUCUUUGAUGUGUAGAGUUCUGCCAGACAUCUGAAUAAAUACUCCCUCAUCUGGUAUGUAAGUGAACUCCUCAUCACCACAAUGACAAACCAGGAAAAGUGGGCCCAUCUCAGCCCCUCAGAAUUUUCACAACUUCAGAAAUAUGCUGAGUAUUCUACAAAGAAAUUAAAAGAUGUUCUUGAAGAAUUCCAUGGUAACGGUGUGCUUGCAAAGUAUAAUCCUGAAGGGACAAUAGAUUUCGAAGGUUUCAAGCUAUUCAUGAAGACAUUUCUGGAAGCUGAGCUUCCUGAUGAUUUCACAGCACACCUUUUCAUGUCAUUUAGCAACAAGUUUCCUCAUUCUAGUCCAAUGGCCAAAAAUAAGCCAGCUCUCCUCUCAGGUGGUUUGAGAAUGAAUAAAGGUGCCAUCACUCCUCCCCGCACUUCUCCUGCAAAUACGUGUUCUCCAGAAGUCAUCCAUUUGAAGGAUAUUGUCUGCUACCUAUCGCUCCUUGAAAGAGGAAGGCCUGAGGAUAAACUUGAGUUUAUGUUUCGCCUUUAUGACACGGAUGGGAAUGGCUUCCUGGACAGUUCGGAGCUGGAAAAUAUCAUCAGUCAAAUGAUGCAUGUAGCAGAGUACCUUGAAUGGGAUGUCACUGAGCUUAAUCCAAUCCUCCAUGAAAUGAUGGAAGAGAUUGACUAUGAUCAUGAUGGAACUGUGUCUCUAGAGGAAUGGAUCCAAGGAGGAAUGACAACAAUCCCACUUCUUGUGCUCCUGGGCUUAGAAAGUAACGUGAAGGAUGACGGGCAACAUGUGUGGCGACUCAAGCACUUUAACAAGCCUGCCUACUGCAAUCUCUGCCUGAACAUGCUGAUUGGCGUGGGGAAGCAGGGCCUGUGCUGCUCCUUUUGCAAGUAUACAGUCCACGAACGCUGUGUAGCUAGAGCACCUCCCUCUUGUAUCAAGACCUAUGUGAAGUCCAAGAAAAACACUGAUGUUAUGCACCAUUAUUGGGUUGAAGGCAAUUGCCCAACCAAAUGUGACAAGUGCCACAAAACGGUUAAAUGUUACCAGGGCCUGACAGGACUACAUUGCGUUUGGUGUCAGAUCACAUUGCAUAAUAAAUGUGCUUCUCAUCUAAAACCUGAAUGCGACUGUGGACCUUUGAAGGACCACAUUUUACCACCCACCACAAUCUGUCCAGUGGUAUUGGAAAGACAGGCAACAGUGAAAAAGGAAAAGGGUGGUUCCCAGCAACCCAACAAAAUGACUGACCGGAACAAAAUGCAAAGAGCCAACUCUGUUACUGUGGAUGGGCAAGGCCUGCAGAUCACUCCUGUUCCUGGCACUCAUCCACUUUUAGUUUUUGUGAACCCCAAAAGUGGCGGGAAGCAAGGAGAACGAAUAUACAGAAAAUUCCAGUAUCUACUAAAUCCUCGCCAGGUAUACAGUCUUGCUGGAAAUGGACCAAUGCCAGGGUUAAAUUUUUUCCGUGAUGUUCCUGACUUCCGAGUGUUGGCCUGUGGUGGAGAUGGAACUGUGGGAUGGAUUUUGGACUGCAUAGAAAAGGCCAAUGUAGUCAAGCAUCCUCCAGUGGCUAUUCUGCCUCUUGGGACCGGCAAUGAUCUAGCAAGAUGCCUGCGGUGGGGAGGAGGUUAUGAAGGUGAGAACCUGAUGAAAAUCCUAAAAGACAUUGAAAACAGUACAGAAAUCAUGUUGGACAGGUGGAAAUUUGAAGUCAUACCUAACGACAAAGAUGAGAAGGGAGACCCAGUGCCUUACAGCAUCAUCAAUAAUUACUUUUCCAUCGGCGUGGAUGCCUCCAUUGCACACAGAUUCCAUAUCAUGAGAGAAAAACACCCAGAGAAGUUCAACAGUAGAAUGAAGAAUAAAUUUUGGUAUUUUGAGUUUGGCACAUCUGAGACUUUCUCAGCCACCUGCAAGAAGCUACAUGAAUCAGUAGAAAUAGAGUGUGAUGGAGUACAGAUAGAUUUAAUAAACAUCUCACUGGAAGGAAUUGCUAUUUUGAACAUACCGAGCAUGCAUGGAGGAUCCAAUCUUUGGGGAGAGUCUAAGAAAAGAAGAAGCCAUCGACGUAUAGAAAAAAAAGGGUCUGACAAAAGGACCACACUGACAGACGCCAAAGAGUUGAAGUUUGCAAGUCAAGACCUGAGUGACCAGCUACUGGAGGUGGUUGGCCUGGAAGGAGCCAUGGAGAUGGGGCAGAUAUACACAGGACUGAAAAGUGCUGGGCGGAGGUUGGCUCAAUGCUCCUCUGUGGUCAUCAGGACAAGUAAGUCCCUUCCAAUGCAGAUUGAUGGGGAACCAUGGAUGCAGACCCCAUGCACAAUAAAAAUUACUCACAAGAACCAAGCCCCAAUGCUGAUGGGCCCUCCUCCAAAAACUGGAUUAUUCUGCUCCCUUGUCAAAAGAACAAGAAACCGAAGCAAGGAAUAAUCCUGUAUUGUUUCAUUCUUAUAAAUCUAAUUAGCAUAAUUGGGCCAUGGAACACUUACACUGAAAAUCUUUGAACCAUUUCAAGUCUCCUGCUCAUGUAAAAUUGUGGAAUUGGUUUAAUGGUUUUUGUUACUGAGCUAAUGUAAAGUUCAGCUAUUAGAAGAUUUAUUGUCUCAGUUUUUGUAAGUAUCUUUGCAUGAAGAAAGCAGAUGUUUACAUGAAGUGAUAUUGCAUAUUUUUGUUGCAUGCAUUCUCAUGAUUUUAUGUCUUCCACCCAUACUUCUUCCAAUUUCCACUUAC